AUGACACGGGAACAAACGCAACUUUUUGAAAUUAAUAAUGCAGUGGCAGGUGCAGUCAAGGGUCUGCUUGAAGAUGGAGACUUCUUCAACAAGUUGGUUACCAGUAUUUCCGAGAAGAUUUUUGAAAAGUUAAAAACCUACGUCGAUGAAAAAGUGUGGGAAAAAACUACUGUGCUCAAUCGUAAAUUAGAUAAUUUAGAGCAGUAUACCCGUAGAAAUAAUAUUUUGAUAUUUGGCGUUCGGGAAGAAGAUAACGAAGUUUUAACGGACAAGGUUAUCUCACUAUUGAAUACAAGAAUGGGUGUCAAGUUGGAUAAAGGUGAUAUAGACCGCCUGCAUCGAUUUGGGAAGUUUGGGGACAAACCACGUCCGAUUAUAAUUAAAUUUAAAGGAUAUGAGCCUAAACAAGCCAUCAUUAGGAAACGGAAGCUUCUUAAGGGGACACCCGUCGUAAUCAAGGAAGACCUAACUAAGGAACGACUAUCCUUGUUUAGGGAGCUACUAUCCAAGGUUGGGAACAAGAACUGCUGGUCCAGGGAUGGCAAAUUGUAUUGUAAAAUUAAUAACCAAAUACGGCUGAUAACAACUGACGCUGAUUUAAAUGAUGUUCCGAAGUUUAAUUAG